CAGAUAAAAUUCGCGUGAAGAAGCCGAUGAAUUUGAAAGUGAUUAGGAAGAUUAAUUGAAGAGGCGGCUAGGGAUUUCAGAUUCGAAUUUGAGAAAGAAAAUGAAAUUAGAGAAGAGAGGAUGAAAAAUGGAGAAGAAGAUUGCAUCGGCAACAACUGGGGAAAAAGAUGGAAUGCAUCGGCGACAAUUGGGGAAGAAGAUGGAAACGGGAACAGAAUGAAAUUGGGGAAGAAUAUGGAAACGGGAAAGAAAACGGGAAAUGAAACGGAAGUGCUCCUCCCCGAUAUCGUCGACCUUAUCACAAUUCUUACAACAGAUUUGGUUUCGUCAAUAGAGUCAGCACCCAAAGCGCAUAUGACAACCACAGAACUUCAAAGCUUUGAAACAGAGACUAUAGAUGGCCAUUCAAAUCCCCCGAGUAUUACUGAUAAGGGGAGAAGAAACUUCCAUUUAUGGUUUGAUUCUGAUUCACUCAAUUGGGUCCUGGAGUCUCUACCUAGACUGAUUUCCGGUUUUACUUGGGCCUGUGUCAAAUUGGAGGUUAAGAGAACACUUGAAAUUGCUCUUGACUCUAAACGUAGGGAAAAUUAUAUUCGCAUUUUGGAAGCUAGAAAAGAAGGUAACAGAUUCAUUCAUAUCCCCUUUGGAGUUCAUAAUGAAGGGCAUAAUCAGUUCCUUAAGGCUAUUUUGUGCUUUGUUGAGAGAACUCGGUGUUUGGACAAGGAUAAGGGUUCUGGGGUAGCAGUAGGAGAUUUAGGGGCAAAAGUAUUCGAGGCUGCUGCCUUGAGAGAGAAGGUGACUGGUCUUGUUAACUCUAGUGUAGAGAUACCCAACCUUGCUGAAAAAGACACUUUUGUCAUAGAGCAACAUUUGAAGGAUCAAGAGUUAAGCUCUAAUUUUUACAGUAAUGGGGUAGGGGAUCCACUUUCUGAAGAACCACAGGAGGUGGUGAAAGUAGCCAGAAAGUGUGAAGAGAAGUUUCUGAAUUAUGAGAAACAUGACCUGAGAUUACAACUUCUGGAAGGGAAGGAUCUACAACAGGGAAACACAUCUAAUCAGACUAACUGCUCAGUAGAAGCUUCUGUACUGGAUGUGCAUAAGCAAAAGGAAUACUUUGCUCAGGCCGAGUCCCCUUCAUCAUACAGUGUUCAAUAUCCCCAGCUUCCAAGAGUGAGCCUAUCCCCUUUUGCUGCCGAGUUCCUUCCACUUAAGCCCAACACAUAUGCAGCUCUCUUCGAUCACGUAUCAGACCUGGUAGAGGGCAGCCCACUCAAGGAUGAUGAAUUUGACAAGAUUGAUGAUGGGAACUUGGUUCUUAGUAACAACGCAUUAGAAGACAUCAGGGAAGAAAGAGAGGGGCCUAUUCUAUAUACGCACUCGGAAGGAGAAGACAAGGUCUUCAAUGACAACAUACUCAAACCCCUUCAAAUAGAUUACUCCAGGAUGUUCAAAACACCUUUUGAUUUGGGGAGAGAAUUCAAGGGCAGGCACACCUACUCUCCUUCUCAAAUAGUAACUCGAAGCAAACCCACUGUGUUUUUCAAUGAUGAAGAGCUGGAUAAUAUCAGGGAUAGGUUCCCUUUUACUGUCAAGGCAAGAUUCAAGAAGGAUACUACGCCGGAGGAGAUUGGAAAGAGCAUGGAAAAAGGGGGUUUCAAGGGAGGAUUCCGUAUCACAGCAGUCACCAGAUUCCAGGUAAUCAUUGUCUUCAAUCAGCAUGGAGAUUACCUCCGUAUGCUCUCCAGGAGGUCAUGGACGGUCAAUGGAAUUCAGCUCUCCAUUUCCAAAUGGGAUCCAAGCACAGAAGAUAAACAUGAUAGCCCUCAAGCUCUCAUCUGGGUAACCCUAAAACACCUUCCUUUCUUCCUUCUUGACAAAAGAAAUCUCUUUUCAGUGGUUAAGGCCCUGGGGAAUCCAAUCAAGCUUGAUGAUACCACAGCAAGGGGAGGUUACUAUCAAACUGCCAGAGUUCUUGUGGAAAUGGAUGUUACCAAACCCAAAAUCUCUUCCAUCCAGGCACUUGAAGACAGGAAUACUGCUGACACCAAGGACAGCCCUGGCCCAAGCUCCAAUUACCAUCCCUCAGCAGUCCCGUUGGAGAUUGUUCCCCCUCUCGAAGCGGGCCCAAAAUCUGGUCAGGCUAGAGAUAUUAUUAAUGACAAGAUUCCCACUUCCCACCUUGUGAAACAAAAGUCCAUAGCUCUUGAACAUACCUCUACACUGGAUUCCCUUGGACUUCUCUCCACAUAUGUGGAACCUGAAACCCCUUGCACCCCUGUGUACAUACACUCUGAUGGAGAAGGAGAAAAAAUCAUUUUCAAGAGCCCCGUUUCCUCCUUGGAGGUAUUGAUGAACACAAAGGGAGCUCUGAACCUUGCCAUAACUCCAUUGUUGAUUUCAGAAAUUGCAUGGAAGCCAACAACCUCCUUUACCUAUCCCCUUCUGGGGGACACUUUUCGUGGAGUGGCCAUCAGAGUAGAGGAAAGACCUCUCUUGCUGAAGUGUUCCCUUAGCCCCCUCUCUGGUCACAAACCUUUCAAGUUUCUCAACAUGUGGACCUCUCAUCACUCUCUCGAAGCUACAAUCAGGAAUUUUUGGGACAACAACAAAACCUAUAAUGGAAUGCAAGAAGAGGAUGCUGAAGCAUGUGCCCAGACAACACAAACCUUUUAUGAAUCCCAUCCCUCACCCGACUCUCUUGUGGCUGCUAACAAUGCAAAUGCUGAGUUACUUUUUCUUACUAAACGAGAAUCAGAAUUCUGGCAGCAAAAGGCAGGUGUCAAAUGGAUUAAGGAAGGUGAUGCUAGCUCAAAAUUCUUCCACAAUUUGGUUAAGGGGAAAAGGUUACGGCUCCAAAUUUCCUCUAUCAAAACUGAUGAGGGGGAGAUCUUGGAUGACAAAACUGAAAUAGCUACUCAUGCAAUCAACUUCUUCUCUAAAUUGUACAAAGAAGACUCUGUCUCUGACGACUCACACAUCUUUAACUUCAUCCCUAAAAUUAUAAAUGAAGAGGAUAACAAGCUGAUCUGUACACUACCUCAAGGGGAGGAAGUUAGGAGAGCAAUUUGGGACUUAAAUGAACACAGUGCUUCUGGCCCGGACGGCUAUAAUGGAGUCUUCUUUAAAAUAUUUUGGCACAUCAUCCAGCAAGAAGUGGUUAGGGCUAGCCAGGAAUUCUUCUUGUGCCUACCUGUCCCUAAAUCCUAUGGAGCCACACUACUUACCUUGAUUCCUAAGGAGGACAACCCUAAAAGUUUGGGGGACUAUAGACCUAUCUCUCUCUCAAACUUCCUCUCCAAAAUUAACACCAAGAUUCUAUCCAACAGAUUGAGGGACCUACUGCCUAAACUCAUCAGCCCUGAACAAACUGGAUUCCAGGCAGGCAAGGGGGUGGAUGAGAACAUCUUAUUUGCUCAGGAAAUGAUUCAUUGUUUGGAUAAUAGCGGAGGGAGUGCCAAUGUAGCUAUUAAGGGCUUCUUCAAAAUGGAGAGGGGUAUCAAACAGGGGGACCCCCUCUCUCCCUUGCUCUUCAUCCUUGGCAGUGAAGGUUUAAGCAGAAUGAUCAAAGCUAAAGUUGCUGAAGGAUUUCUCAAAGCUUUCAAUACGGGGAGAACUCCACCUCCUUCACACUUAGCUUAUGCAGAUGAUAUCAUUUUUUUUCUUAAUGGCCAUUGCAGGAAUUUAUUAAAAUUCAAGGGACUCUUGAAUAUGUUUCUAGCAGCAUCUGGACAUCAAAUUAAUCUCAGCAAAAGCCACUUUUACACAGGAGCUAAGGUUAAUCAUGCAAUCAAGAGCAAUAUGGAGAGGACACUUGGAAUGAGAGAAGGGAAGCUGCCAAUUUCUUACCUGGGAGCUACCAUCGGCAAAGGAAAGAUGAAAAAGGCACACUGCAAGAAAGUUAUCCUUCACUUUGACUCCUACCUUAAUACAUGGUUUAGUAAGGUGCUCAAUCAAAUGGGGAGACUGAUUCUUAUCAAACAUGUGCUAAGCUCAAUUCCACUCCACAUCUUGGCAGUCCAACAUAUGCCCAAAUCCGUUAUGGACAUCCUAAAUAAGAAAAUGCAGAACUUCUUCUGGGGAUACAGGGAUGGGAAACCCAAAUACCACUGGAAAAACUGGAGAAGUAUGUGUUAUCCCACCAUUGAAGGAGGGCUUGGAAUUAGGCACCUUGAGGAUAUAGAGGCAGCCUAUUCUACAAAACUUUGGUGGAAGCUUCGAAAUAAUGGAGGUAUAUGGGGGGACUACAUGAGGAGCAAGUAUUGUAUCCAAUCGUUCAGUGAAAGAGCAACUGACUCAGUUACUUGGAAGAGAGUCUCUAGAAUUCACAACUGGGCAUAUCAACACGUUGACAUAUCUGAGGGUUCUGAGGCAUGGGAAGGGGAAGAAUUCUCUACCAAAGCUGCAUAUAAUGCUUGGAGGGACUCAAAGCCAAUCUCAAUUUCUUGCAAGAUGAUUUGGGAUAAAACCCAAAUACCAAAGAUCAAAUUCUUCCUUUGGAAAACUUUCAAUAACCUUCUUCCAUUCCCAAAUAACAUGUCCAGAUUCAACAUGGCAAUCCCUUCAAGAUGCAACUUCUGUAAACAAGGCACUCAAGACUCUAACCACACUCUCCUUCAAUGUCCAUACUCUCUGAAAAUCUGGAAAUUCUUCUCCACACUGUUCCAGGGCCCUCCCAUCAACGGAAACUCCACAAUACAGGAAGUAUGUAUGAACUGGUGGCUAGUCACUUAUAGAACCAACAUGCGGGAGAAGCUCACUGCCAACCUCCCAGGAUUCAUUGUGUGGGGCCUGUGGAAAGCAUAUAAUGCAGAGACAUACGAAGGAGAGGCGUUUAAGGAAAGCAAGAUCAUAUUUAACAUUAUGACAACGAUUCAACAGUGGUGCUGGGCACAUCGUGGAAAGAAAUGGAUGAUUAUAGAUGAAGAUAUGAGAACUAUAGCCCAUUUGAGGCCCAUUAGUGCAGAAGCCAAUUCUCCUUCUUCACUGUUUUCUGUUCCUUGGAUUAUUGCUGACUUUGCUCCAAUGAAUCUUCCUGUGCCUGUGCAUUUCGUGCGCUAUGAUGCCUGGAAUCACCUUGCGUUCUGCUUGACUUUGCUGGUCAACACUAUUGCUCCUCCACCAGAGCGACAGGUUGAGGAAGUAGCAGCUGGAAGAGAGCUGAAGGGAAUGAGACAUUCUAGCGAACCAGACUACUAUUACGAAGAUUACCUAAUGUCGAUUGUUCGCCGGAUAUAUUCACGUAUUUGUCCGAAACCUGCCACUGCAUUUCUUUACCUUUCAUCUUCAUCCAGGGAUGAAGAAGGGGAACGUUGUGCAGGGCGAGAGAAUGUUCCGGGCAUGUCAAGGAUUCAUUCUACGUUGCAGAAAUUGGUUUUGGGGGGUGAAGAGAAAGUGCCAGAUGCAUAUAAAUUUAUUGGGAUCGACUUGAGUGGCAUGCACUGUGCCAUAUUGCUCAUUGACAAGAGGGUCGUCUCUUCCGUCAUAUUUAGGGUAGUAGGCACAGACUUGGCGGAGGUUCCUUUGGCUGCAACAAGUGCGCAAGCUGAAGGACAG